UGUUGAUUCCUGCAGGUAACGAAUCAGUAUUAGUAGUGAGUUUAUUGGCAUGAUCAUCUGUAAUGGCUCAAGGUCGUCGUGACGCGGACUAUGCCAUGGACAUCGUGUCGCAGCGGAAGUGGAGCUCGGAGAUCAUCAAUGAAGCACGCAAUGCCAUGAGAGCUAUCGAUACGAGGAGGCCCUUCACUCCGCAGGCGAAUUCGCGGACAUUGUUCGGUUCCUCGUUCAGGAACCACAAUGGGCGACCCCCGAGUCAAUUUUCCUUGAGAUCGUUAGACUUGGCAGAUUCGAGGCCCGUCUCAGGGAUUUUCCGGUUACAACCAUUGCAAGGAGUUCAUACUGCGCAAACUGUGUCGAGUUUCCCGCAUAGAUUCGUACCGAAGUUGCCUGUCCUUGACUUGAAUUCGUCUGGGAGCUUUCGGCGCACCAGUCGACGGUCCUCUCUAGGAAACUUGGCCGAGGAAACGGGCAGCACAGAAGAAGAGAUUAUAGAUUUGGAUUUAGUAAAUGGCCGGAAAGCUUUCUCGGGACCGAGGGAACGAACGCCUCAUUUCCCAGGACUGAAUGUAGGAAAUUCGUCGUAUGCAGGAAUGCCGAUCGGUAAUGUGGAAAAGAAGCUACCUAAAAGACAUGAAAGGAAUCGAACGAGUAGUGGAUCGACUGCCGUUCUGCAUCCUCCGUCGGUUCCGAAAAAGCAACAGAUCUCUGAGCAACCGGGAGAUUUCCUAGAAACGAAACUGCGUCCUUUGGUGGAAUCCAUCGAGAAAUCUGGGUCUUCAGCAGCACAAAUCUGCCGUCAAAUCUACGUUCUUCUCAACGAUGAAGGUUACUUUGAAAACACGGGAAACAGAAAGCGGCGGACUCCAGUCGUCAAAAUGCUUUCCGGCUUGGUGGACCACGAAGACCCGCAUUUCUUGCUUCACUUGGCCCGGAUCUUACUAGCUCUUCGUCUCCGCGGCAACAACUUGACGAACGUGUGGAAGCUAGUCUUCAAAAUCGCUAGAUGCGACAAAAACGACGCCUAUUUCCUCGAAGACUCCGCCGUCGACUUGAUCGUCACCUCCAUCGGCUCUUUGGAUCCCGUGGAAGAAGCCGAAGCGUGCGUUUACGCUUACGGAGCUGUGAAAUUCUUGACAACGAAUCCGUCGUUAUUGCCGCACUUGACGAAAGCCGGUCUUCUGCCUCUCAUGGUUCUCCACGUUCGUUUAAUCGCUGCGGAAAGACAAGCAUUGACUCCCUGCAGGGAACAAAUGGGGCAGGUGUUGUACCAACUGACGGCGGGGUUCAGGAACGUUGUGGGCGGCACAGCGAAAGAAGUGGCAUCUUCCGGAGUCAUGCAGCAUUUGGUGACGGUGGCUGAGCUGUUCUCGAGAGACGUGGACAUCGUGUCCAACAUGUCGCGGAUUUUCAGUGUGUUGGCUGCGGACGAAUCUUGCUGUGAUGCCAUGACCAGUCCGGACCUGGCAAGCAAGUUUUUACCCACUUACUCUCAAUUUCUGAGCAAGUAUCCAGGAAGGCAAGACGUGGUCGUGAGGAUUGCGUAUGUGCUGGGAAAUCUCAUGGCGAAAAGCAACGUUGCCAGGGCUAGUUACUUUGAUAUUCCGGGAUCCGCGGAUUCCUUGCUGGACCUUCUUGCGAUUUACAUUCGAAAAGACGUGGCCAGUGCGACUCCGCAAGCGCAGAAUGACGAAGAUUUUGUGGGAGGAGAUGGCAGUAGUGGGACGCCAACUGACGUGAUCAUCAAAGUUAUUAGAGUGUUGGCGAAUAUGUCGAUUGACGAGAAAGUGGGCGUGGCGUUGGGUGGGAAUCACAGAUGCAUUGAUCAUUUGUUGGCCGUUGUGAGGCAUAAGGAGGUGGCUUUUGGGCCCGAGCUGGAGACCAUUGGACGGAGGGAGGAUACGGAGGCAGUCUUGUCUGCGUUGGCUGCGAUGAACAAUCUGGCCUUUUAUUGUGCUGGGAUAGAGGAUAGUGCUGUUUAUCAAAGGUCUACCGAAAUUACGGAAUUUUUCGAUUUCCUCAUCGGAGUUUUGGAUUCGGACAAUCGCGAAGCUGUUUAUUCAGCGUGUGGAGUGCUGGUGAACAUGAUGACUGACCCAGCAAGCCGGACUGUGUUGAAGGACUUGAAUGGAAUGAACAGAUUGACCCAGGUUCUCAAGCAUUUAGGUGCGGGCGACUGGCAGUUGGCAUCUCUGGUUGUUCAAGUGUUGUGGAAUGCUUGUGCUGGUCUGGAAUAUCCUGCUGAUUAUAUCGGCGAGGAAGAGGCUGAUGAGUUGAUGGAUGUGUUGGAAGAUCAUUUGGAGGCAAAAGAAACUGGCGCUGCUUACUAUGCGGACUUUUGCGUGGUUGCUGACCAGUUUUUAGAUAGAUUGGACGGUGAUGAAUCCGUAGAAGAGUGAAUUGGUGUCAUUUCCCUGGGGAAACAAGUAGGAAACUUAUGAUCUCGUCAUAACCGUCCAAGAUGUGAUCCGUUAGAAUUCCAUGUGAUAGUCGUUCGUAUGUGCACACUGGAAAAUGUUGCAGAAUAUGCUUUGCUGUGUUCAUUUUUUAUUUAUUUUAUUUUACCUGAAUUGCUUCUUUUUCACCUUCUCAUUUGUUCACUGGAAGUCAAAAUUGACUGCCAAAAUGUGAUUCAAGGCACUUGCAAUAAAGCUGUACUUCUUUACAGUGUGAA